AGAAAAAAACAGACAACAGAAGGAGGAGACGGGGGAAUUGUCAUCACCUACGCGGCGAACGUUAUCGACAUCGCCGCCCAUUUUGGUCUCUUUUGGUUGCGGUGCCCUUCUCCGAUUCGCCUCGUUCGCUUCCUCUCCGACCCCAGCUCCUCCUUUCCCUGUUCCACGAAUUUUAGAAAUUAAUCAGUAAUCUUCUUGCUUGAUUUUGCGACUAUGUACGAAUAGUCGUGGGGAUCAAUUUGUGCUUCGCUUCCAGAAGAGGUUUCAAGGUCUUGUGGUGUCCGUGAUGCAUAUAUUUUAGCCUCUUAAUUCGCACUAAUAGAAACUUGCGACUAUUAUUUGAAAAUUUUGGCAAGAGGACAACUUCUUGCUGCCAACAUAUUGGCUAUUUCAUUUCUUUGUUCUCUAGAUCAUGGCUAUUGGAGCAUCCUUGCAGUUGUUCUAUGAGUUUGGUGUCAUCAAAAGAUUUGGACAGGCUAACCAAUUUAAGUGUUCAGAAAUGAGGAGUUGGCGCCAUUUACCAAGUGUUUCCUUUUCCUCCCGUGCUUCACGACAGGAUGUUUGGAGUGUCCAUGUUUUAGACAGGAUAUACAAGCCAAUGCUCACUCUUCCAUGUGAAUACAAUAUUUUCAUGUGCCAAUCUUUUGCCAUACCAAGCUCUGCAAAUGGCAUCCCUCUUCUGAAAAGUACCACCUUGGCUUUGACAAGGUCAUACAAUGCACUGCUCACAAGCCCUUUUCCUAUCCAACUAGUGCCAGCAGUUGGAAUAAUUGUUUUUGCUGUCUGGGGUCUUGGACCAUUCAUGUAUUCCAUCAGAAGCUUGUUUCACAAUGACCAUAACUGGAAAAAGAGUAAGACGUAUCAUGUUUCUACCUCAUAUCUUCGACCACUUCUGCUUUGGACUGCGGCAACACUCAUAUGCAGGGUACUUGAUCCAGUUGUUCUCCCAUCAGAAGCAAGCCAGGCAGUAAAGCAACGUCUUUUGAGCUUUGUGAGAUCUUUAUCUGCUGUGCUGGCUUUUGCGUAUUGUCUAUCAAACUUAAUUCAGCAAACGCAGAAAUUCUUUAUGGAGACACGUGGUUCUGAUGAUGCAAGAAAUAUGGGUUUCCAAUUUGCUGGUAAAGCUGUGUACACUGCAGUUUGGGUUGCUGCAUUUUCUUUAUUCAUGGAGUUGCUGGGUUUUUCUACCCAGAAAUGGAUCACUGCAGGAGGUUUCGGAACAGUCCUGCUGACUCUCGCUGGUCGUGAGAUAUUCACAAACUUCCUCUCAAGCAUGAUGAUCCAUGCAACACGUCCUUUUGUUGUGAAUGAAUGGAUUCAGACUAAGAUCGAAGGCUAUGAGGUUUCUGGUUCUGUUGAGCAUGUAGGUUGGUGGUCUCCAACAAUUAUAAGAGGUGAGGAUCGUGAAGCAGUCCAUAUUCCUAACCACAAAUUCACAGUAAAUGUUGUGAGGAAUCUCAGCCAGAAGACUCAUUGGCGUAUUAAGACCCAUCUUGCCAUUAGCCACUUGGAUGUCAAUAAAAUUAAUAAUAUAGUGGCAGAUAUGCGGAAAGUCUUGGCAAAAAAUCCUCAAAUAGAACAGCAGAGGUUGCAUAGAAGAGUGUUUCUGGAAAAUAUCAACCCUGAAAAUCAAGCUCUUUUGAUUCUCAUAUCAUGCUUUGUGAAGACGUCACAUUUUGAAGAGUAUCUUUGUGUCAAGGAAGCCAUUUUGCUAGAUCUCCUCAGAGUGAUCAGUCAUCACCGAGCCAGGCUUGCCACUCCAAUUCGCACGGUGCAGAAAAUAUACGGUGAUGCAGAUCUGGAGAACAUUCCUUAUUCUGAGACCAUCUUUACUCGUUCUGCUACUGCCACCAACCGUCCAUUUCUUCUUAUUGAGUCCUCACUAAGAGUGAAUGGAGAUGACAAAGCUAAAUCCCAUACAACAGCACGGACUAAUGAAGAGCACAAAUCAAAAGCUGCCACUGCAUCAGAGUCCAAGGUCACUCCAUCUGACAAUUCUGACAAGCAGCAAAAGAAGAAGGCAAACUCAGGAGACACUCGUUCAAAAAGUAAUAUGGCUGACCCUGCAACAGCACCAUCAUUGAGUUCACCACCGCUUGAAAGCUUGGAUUCGGUAGGGUCUACCUCCAAAGCUGGUGAGAAGCCUACAUCAUCAGAUGCUGUUGGUGAACAGGUGGAUGAUACCAGUCCAAUUCAUGCUAAAAACGAAGGUGAAAGGGUGCCUACUGCAGCAUCCCCAGUACUCAGGCCCGCCUUUGAAGAUAACAUUGUCCUUGGUGUGGCUCUUGAGGGGUCAAAGCGAACGCUCCCAAUCGAAGAAGGGUCAGAAGCAAAUGAAUUGGAUAAGAAUGGUUCUUCUUGUACAAAGGAUAGGGAGAAACAGAUUCCAGCACUGCCUGGUCAAGCAAAGGUAGAUCAGAGGGAUCAAGAGAGGUGACAACAAUUACAUUUGUUUCAGAUGAAGAUGCAACACUGCUAACACUGUUUGGAGGCUGUUUUUUAUGAACAGGCCGGUCAGAAGCAGCUGUACAUGCUGUGAUAAAUAGCAGUGUUUCUUAUCAUUGUUCUCAAAGUAUUAAAUUUUUAAUUGCCGCGUGGUUGUUAUUUAUGGACUGUCCUCUCGCACGGCAUAAUCUGAUCAAUUGGUCAAUGAUUUUGAUCAUGAUAAGUGUUUGAGCUUAUGAUGACAUGUGUAUUAUCUCCCAUAAAGCCUUUUUUUUUGGCCUUUUUGGGAGAAAAUGAUCUUCUGUAAUAGUACGUUGUCAAAGGAGGUGUAAUUAUAAUUUAAUUUGGACAACUGUAUUCCAAGGUGGUAAAUGGAUGGUAUAGUAAGAAAAAAAAAAUGGUUUGCAUUUAAAUU